GGAAAUGCCUCUAGUUGCCAGGAGGAUCACCAACCGCAGCACCGAGUCGGCGUGCGGGCAGCGAGGGAACCGCCCGAUUGGAGAAUGGGCGGAGGGAACCGCCAUGAUGUAGGAUCGUGGGACUCACCACGAGCCCCCAUCGCACCAACACUAAUCAUCGCACCCACACACACCAGUUCGCAGGCAGAAGCCACGUUUCUGAUCAUACGAGUAUAUAUAUCUGGGAUGGCCCGGCCAUUGUUUCAAGUAGUGUUUACAAAAUAAAGUACUACAUACCCUACAUAUCACAAGCUCUCCUGGUGCUAUUCAGUGCUAUUAUAUAUCCAACAAAUUGACCGUCACAGCCACCCAAUCCUUCAAGUUGCCCCUCGAUACUAGUCGCCAUGGGCAGCUGCGAGCUUUUUCCAGUCACCAAAAUGGUCCCAGAAGCUGCACCAAAGGGGGACGAACUGGUCUCGGUCAUCCGACCUCUCAUAUCCAACUUCCUGGAGACGAUAGACUACGACCCCCCUACCAAGCCAGACAGGACUGCCCUGCGUGCAGCCAUGACCGAGUAUGCGGCUGCUUCCGGGGUCCCGUACAACCAAGACAGGCACUCCCGGCAGUGUUUCGAGACGGGCCUGUCCGUCGCAAUAGACAUGUACCCGUCCCACCCCCCAGAGGUCCAGCUCCACAUCGGGGUCUUCACGUGGCUUGGAUUCCUCAUCGACGAUACGAACAGGCGCAUAGCCUCGGACCUAACGCACUUCCAAGCCCGCUUCUACACCGGCCAGCCACAGCCCUCGCUAUUAUUGGAGCAUUUCGCCAGGACCCUGCGCAACACGUACCUGUACUACGACCCCGUGAUAGCAAACACGAUAGUCCUGUCCGCGCUGGCCUUCGUCAACGCGAACCUGCUCGAGACGCGCCGCGAGUUCCAGGAGCUGGUCCCCUCGCAGGCCGCGGCGAGCUGGCCCUACUACUUCCGCAACACCGAGGGCCUCCCCGACACCUACUCCGGCUUCAUCUUCCCGAGGGCGCUCUACCCCGAUAUCGGAAGCUUCAUACAGGCUAUUCCGGACAUGGGAAGGUUCAUCAACCUGACCAAUGACAUACUGUCGUUUUACAAGGAGGAGGUCGCCGGCGAGACCAAGAACUACGUCAACAGCAAGGCGAAAUGCGAGAACAAACCUGCCAUGGCGGCCAUGAAGGAGAUUGUUGCCGACACCGAGAAGAGGUACCUGAGCGUCACGAGCCUGCUCGCUACCAAGGAGCCCUAUGGCCGGGCAUGGAAUGAGUACGUCAUGGGUUAUGUGGCCAUGCAUCUCACGAAUGACCGGUAUAUGUUCGCCGACAUUGGUCUGGACGAGAGGUUCAUGCACAAAUGAACGAUGGCACAUGCGAUGGGGCAUGUGGGAUGAUUGAGUUGCAUUUUCUCCCUGUCCUGACCGGACACCGGCACAGGUUGAGGGCAGUCGGACUCUUUAGCCAGACUCAGAAUGUUGUGGCCUUUUCAUAUGCAUCAGAGAAGCGUUCUUGUUGAUGGCGGCAGUGUUUUUAUGGGACUUCAUGUGCUAUAAGCGGGCGCAUGGGCGUGGAGGUCAAGGUUAUAUCCACAUGUCUUACCUAGAUAUCAUUCCUCGGGGAAUCCACUAGUCAUUGUAAAUAUCCUGUACAAUGUGCAUAUUAUUACAACA